AUGACCUCUCUUCCGUCCUCAUCAUACCACGCCGGGCCAUCCUCACCAACGAACUACAACGGCCACCGCUCCUCAUCGUCCUCCGGCCACGGGCACGGGCACGGGAAUGGCUCCUCCCCACCGGCCUUCAACCCGGGGCAAUCGCCCAACUACUCCUUCACCCGCCCGCGCCAGCCCUCCCCGUACAUGCGCUCGCUCCUCGUCUACCUCGACGCUGUGAAUGCGCGUGAUUUCGGCUCCAUGGAAGCGGUCUUUGAUGACGCCUUGGAGCACCGGAUAUUACCCAAAUCUAUGAACCGCCCUGUCUUGACUAAACGCCAGUAUAUCGACUAUUGGAAGGGGGUUAUGUCGAUGUUUGCAAAGUUUGAGGCCUCAACCCGCGGCCGCUCCUUCUCUGGCACGCCCUACACGAACGAGUACAUCCUCCUCUUGCACUUCACGCAACCGCAAUACGAAGGCGAUCUGCCCAAAAUCCGGUACCUCAAGGAGUUUGUGGAUAGUACGGCCAGCUUGAACUUUUUUAAGGAGGAGAGUGAGAGGAGGAAGAGGAGGGAGGAGGAGAAGAGGAAGGUGUGGGGGGUGGGAGUGUCGAAUGGGGUGUCGGUUGUUGUGAAUUCGAAUGGGGAGGCUGGUGGGAGUGGACAUGGUAAUGGGAAUGGGAACGGGUACGCCAAUGGAAAUGGGCAUGGUGGGUAUAGGUCGAACGGGUAUCCGAAUGGCAAUGGGUACUCCAAUGCGCACUAG